UUGGAACCAUCCUCUUUUCAACUACCCGAGCUUGGCUCAAAGCUCCAUACAUCACAGCUGAGCUGAGUUUCCGCUGAAAUACUGAAUCAAAGUGAAAGGGAAUCAGCUUCCAUUGAAAACAAUAGUCCCCACAAUCCCAUCUACAAUGAACCAUCCAACUGUUCAAAUCAUCUCAGAAUGCUUCAUCAAACCAGAAGAACACAACCAUCCCCCUAUCUACUUAGCCCCAUGGGAUCUAGCAAUGCUCUCAGUCCAUUACAUCCAAAAGGGUCUUCUCUUCAUCAAACCCCAAGCACCAACAACUGACCACCAAGAAAACCCUGUCGAAUCUCUCCUAAACAGGCUCAAGGACUCCCUCUCCCGCACCCUCGUUCAUUUCUACCCCCUCUCCGGUCGCCUCGCCACCCACAAACAAGAGAACCCGCCUUCUUACUCCGUGUACAUCGAUUGCGACAACAGCCUCGGAGCGAAAUUUAUCUACGCAGCCGCCGACUUAACUGUUUCCGACAUACUUUCACCCGUUGAUGUUCCCGUGGUUGUUCAGUCCUUCUUCGACCACGACAGGGCGGUUAAUCACGACGGGCAUUCAAUAUCGCUGCUGUCGAUUCAAGUCACGGAGCUAACCGAUGGAGUUUUCAUCGGUUGCUCGAUAAACCACAUGGUGGUUGACGGAACAUCUUACUGGCAUUUCUUUGAAAUGUUGUCCCACGCCUUCCGUGCACAAGAAAAGAAUCCCGAGAUUCCUCGGCCCCCAGUUCUUACCCGCUGGUUUCCCGAGGGGUACGGCCCUGUUCUCAACCUCCCUUUCUCUCACCACGAUCAAUUCAUAAGCAGAUUCGAACCACCCCCGCUUAGAGAGAGAAUCUUCCACUUGUCAUCAGAAUCCAUAGCCAAACUCAAAUCCAAGGCCAAUUCCGAGUCCAAAACCAACAAGAUUUCCUCGUUCCAGGCGGUGUCCGCGCUCGUCUGGAGGUGCGUUACGCGCGCCCGCCGCCUCCCGCACAACCAAGAAACAAGCUGCAGACUGGCUGCGAAUAACCGACCCCGAAUGGACACGCCGUUGCCGACCGAGUACUUCGGGAAUUUGAUGCAAACGGUGAGGGGAAAAGCCUCGGCAGGGGAACUGCUCGGGCACGGGUUCGGGUGGGCGGCGUGGCGGUUGCACGAGGCGGUGGCGGGCCAUUGUGACUCGGCGGUGCGCGAGUGGGUGGGUAAUUGGGUUAAGGACCCGUUCAUAUACCAGUUCGCGCAGUUUUUCGACCCGUUUAGUUUGAUGAUGGGGGGCUCGCCGAGGUUUGAGAUGUACGGGAAUGAGUUUGGGAUGGGGAGAGCGGUGGCGGUUCGGAGUGGGUAUGCGAAUAAGUUCGACGGGAAAGUGACAUCGUAUCCGGGACAUGAAGGCGGCGGAAGCAUGGAUUUGGAGGUUUGCCUCCCGCCGGAAACAAUGGCGGUGCUUGAAUCUGAUGGGGAGUUCAUGGGUGCGGUCUGUUCUUAUUAGUCACGUAAUCUUUCAAUAGGACCUGUUGCUCGCGCUUGCAAAAAUGUCUCUACGCUGGUCCUCGCAAUCGUUAAUUUUAUCUAUCUUUCCUAUGAAAUGCAUUUCUUAUGAGAAUUUCUGUUUGUU